GAAGUGAGCAGCAAGACAGCAGCAGGGCAACCACUGGGGACACUACAUCACGAGACAGCUGUCAAAAAGAAAUCCUGCCAUUGCAUGUGUCUUUCUCCUCAGAUGGCCACUAUGAGAUCUUGGAUGAUGCUUGCGGCGCUCGUCGUCUGCCUGCUGGUGUGUUUGAGCAGCUUUGCGGACGCCUACCCCCCCAAACCGGAGAGCCCGGGGAGCAACGCGUCCCCGGAGGACUGGGCCAAAUACCACGCAGCUAUAAGACAUUAUGUCAACCUCAUCACCAGGCAGAGGUAUGGGAAGAGGUCGACCCCCGAGCAGACGGUGGCGUGGCUGCUCUCUGGGGCUGAUUUGGACCAAGGCACUGAACCACGCUCGGACUACAGCUAUCAGUAGAAAAUGAGCCCGAUGUCGACCCUUCGGCCUGCUCACAUCUCC